AUGUCAUACGACGACACCCAGGCCGCAGACUGCACGACUUGUAUGGUCACAAAGGACAAGUCGAACUACUGGGUCGCAUCGAUGUACCACAAUGACGGAUCUAACCUCACCCCGGUGCCGCAGCACGGCUCUGCAUCCAUUUACUACAUGAACAACCCAACCCUCCUUGGGCCCGGCGAGACCAUGGAGACCCUUCCCACCGGUCUCCGUAUGCUCGCUGGGUUCGGCGACAAGCGUGCGGAGGGCCCGACGAUGGAGGACGAGGCGAUCAGAUACAAGUGUCUGGACUACAGUAAAGAUCCAACGCAAGACAUCAAAGGCUUCCCAACUUAUCCUUGCAAAGAUGGCAUUCGUGCCCAGGUCACAUUCCCUUCAUGCUGGAAUGGAAAGGAUCUGGAUUCUGAUGACCACAAAAGCCAUAUGGCGUACCCCAGUGCUGGCCCAGACUAUGGUGGCUCAUGCCCAUCAAGCCAUCCUCACCACGUCGUCACCGUCAAGAUGGAGGUCAUCUUUGCCACCAACAAUUUUGCGUGGGGUGCAGAUGGCAAAAACCCCUUUAUCUGGUCCAAUGGCGACAACACAGGUUGGGGCCUUCACGCCGAUAUGAUCAUGGGCUGGGACGCAGAUGUCCUCAAGGCUGCUUACUUGGACCCCGGUACAUGCAAACUGACCAACUGGGUCAACGAAGAUGCGACUGCAAUCGUCAAUAAGCUUCCUGGCUGCAACAGCAUCGGCGCCGUCGUCAAAGCACAGUGCCAGGAUGGCGUUACGCUCAAGGGUGAAUGGUCCAGCUUUGGCGGCAAUUUCGUCAACAACACUGUCGACGCCGUUGCAAACGCUGUUGCAGGCGCCGCUCCAAGUGCUGCACCAGCCCAGUUCUACGACAAGCCAUCAGAUGCCGCUGCUCCUCCAUCACCAGCAGCCGGCAACCCCCACGUCAAGACCGAAACAGUCUGGGUUACCACGACUGAAAUCGUCCAUGGCGUUGCACCUGCGACUCCCGCUCCAGCGGCGGGCGCGUGGGGAGAUGCUGCCAAGCGCGACGAGCACGUGCACCGCCACGCUCACGCGCACGGCCGAAGAUGGGCUUUCUAA